GUCUUCUUUCUCAUUCAUCUGUCCUUCAUCCUGAAGUCAAAGAAGAUGGGGCUCACGAAUCCCUUCAGUCGUCAGACGACGGACAACACCGUCACCCAGAUUGAUGUGAACCUGACCGAGGACGAAAAACGAGCUCCUUCCGAUGUUGCUAUUGCUGAAAGCAAUGGCGACGGAAAGGGGGAACUGCCAGAGACCCCCGAGGAGGAACUCCAGCCUGGUGUUCGAGACAUGGAGGCCAUGACCAAAAAUUGGAGCAAGUGGUCGCUGUGUGCGGUGUUCUUGAAUAUUUGGAUGCUGUACUUUACCAACGCCUUCCAAAGCGAGAUUCUCGCCAGUCUGCUUCCCUAUGUUUCCAGUGCAUGGGAAGCGCACUCGCUGCUGAACACUAUUUAUAUCGUUGCGGAUGCUAUCACGGCUGCUUGCUACGUCCCCGUCGGAAAGAUGAUGGAUCUGUGGGGUCGAGCGGAAGGCUUCCUUUUCAUGACCAUUUGCGCUACCAUUGGUUUGAUCAUGAUGGCGGCCUGCAACAACCUUGCCACUUUCUGUGCUGCAUAUGUGUUUUACUCUCUCGGAUUCGGCGGAAUGACAUAUUGUGUGGAUGUCAUCACGGCCGAUGCGUCCAUGUUGAAGAGCCGAGGCUUGGCCUACGCUUUCACAUCCUCUCCCUAUAUCAUCACGGCCUUUGCUGGUCCCAAGGCAGCGGACGAUGCUCUGGGUGCAAAUGGUAUUGGUAUGCGGUGGCCUUUCGGUAUCUUUGCCAUUAUCCUCCCCAUCGUCGCGGCUCCUCUGUACGGAGUAUUGAAGUGGAACAUCCGCCAGGCCCAGAAGGCGGGUACGUAUGUCAAGGAAAAGAGUGGCCGCACGAUGCUUCAGAGCAUUUGGUUUUAUAUCAUUGAGUUCGAUGCUGCUGGUGUCUUCCUCUUCUCCGCCGGUCUGGUCCUGUUCUUCCUGCCCUUCGAUAUCGCCGGCGCCGCUCCGAGCAGCUGGGACACGCCCUAUAUCAUUGUCAUGCUGGUCAUUGGGUUUGUUCUGCUCUUUGUCUUCCUGAUUUAUGAGAAGUGGUUUGCCCCCAAGCCCCUGUUCCAACUUGGCUUCCUCUACAACCGGACAGUCAUGGGUGCGUGCUUGCUGGACGCCACGUAUCAGCUCUGCUACUACUGCUGGGACAACUACUUCACAUCAUUCCUGCAAGUGGUCAAUGACCUGAGCGUGGCUGAUGCUGGAUAUGUCGGCAACACCUUUGAUGUGGUGUCUGGUGUAUUACUGAUCCUUGUUGGUAUCGCCAUCCGGAAGACUGGCCGCUUCAAGUGGACUCUGUGGGUCGCCGUUCCGCUCUACAUCUUCGCCCAGGGCUUGAUGAUUUACUUCCGUCGCCCGAACCAGUCCGUCGGCUAUCUCGUCAUGUGUCAGGUGUUCAUCUCGAUUGGUGGCAGUGUUUUCAUCAUUGUUGAGCAACUCUCUAUCCUGGCUGCCGUCGACCACCAGCACUUUGCUGCCGCGCUUGCCCUGCUUAACGUCGUUGGCACUGUCGGUGACGGCAUGGGCGCCACCAUCUCCAGUGCUAUCUGGCAGAACACCUACCCGAAUGCUUUGAGGAUGUACCUCCCCGAGUCCGCCAUGGACAACUUCUACAACAUCUACGAGGACAUCGACACCCAGCUGAGCUACCCCGUUGGGUCGGAAACCCGGAUUGCAAUCCAGCGGGCGUACGGAUACGCCCAGACGAGAAUGCUUGCUGUCGGAACGGGUAUCAUGGUUCUCGCCUUCAUCUGGACCAUGAUGAUCAAGAACAUUGACCUGAAGAAGGUUCCCCAGGUCAAGGGCGUGGUUUUCUAGAUGGAAUGACCGUUGUUGCUCUCUGUCCGAACGUCGGUAUAAUUGCCAUUCCGCCGUUCACCUCCCCCCUGUCGGAUAUGAAUCGUGGCUAGGGUUUCACUUUCUAGCGCGGUCGCAUCCUUGCCCUUUAGUACUUACAUUAAUCUCCUGUCUAUAUCCCAAUACCCCAAAACACCAUGGAAACCCAUGAGCUUAUGCAGUUAAUGUGAUACCU